AUAAAAUUAAAAACGUUAAAAAAUUACAAAUAAGUCCUUAAAAUCUAGUUUUUCCUCCCCUUGCCUUAAUGACAGCUUCCUUCCGAUCCUUCAUGGACGUAACGAGGGUCACCACUCUCUCUUGGGGUAUGUUCUCCCAUUCUUCCGUCACGGCAUUCUGGAGCUCUUGGAGAAUGGCGGGAGCAGGAUCUCGUGCUCGUACGUGUUUCUUUACAUCGUUCCAGAAAUGCUCGAUCGAGUUCAGGUCUGGGCUUCGUGCUGGCCACUGCCUAACAGGAACCUUAGCCUCCAAUUAGUCCCACACAGCAAACGCAGCGUGGCAACGGGCGUUAUCAUGCAUUAAUAUGAACCUAUCACCAACAAAACUGGCAUACGGGAUCACAUGGUCUUGUAAGAUCUCCGUUAUGUACCGCCCAGCACCCAGCAUUCAGCGACCCUUGCCCGACCAUCGCCAGUCCGAAGACGUAUACAAGCUCCGUUUUCCCUUCAACGGAUAUGCCACCCCAGAACAUACAGGAACUAACUACGUAUUCGACGGAUUCCUUUGUACAAUCAUGGGUAAAACGCUCUCCUCUUCUUCGGUAUACUCUUCUGCGUAUACUCUUCUGUCAUUGCAGAAUAGAUAUACUCGUUCUGCGAGCUGAUCGGAGCUCUUGUUGCACCUCAACAGCAUUGCUGAAGCGGUGACGCAACGGCGUGGACACAAUGAAGCCGUCGUCUCUUUCUGAUGUGCAGCGUUUUCUUCCGGAUUCACGUCUUCGGGUAUACCCACCAGUCUCACGGAACCGUUGGUAUACUUGUCGAACUGAGAAUCGGCUAAGGUUCAACUGUCGAGUAACGUCAACCUGUCGCAGUCCUGUUUGCAAUAGCGCUAUGAUUUGAGCGGCUUCUUCAGGGGUUGUAUCCAUCUUCAGGUAUUGUUCUUUGGAGUAUGUUGUUCCGGUGUGUUCACUCUAAAGUCUGAAUAGUAACUAACCCAUUUUUUACCUGGGCAUGACCUUUUGUACCCAUUUAAGGUAAGAAGUAGCUAAACGCAUUUUUGCUCCACUAGUUAAUCGACUCUUUAAAACAAAAUUUAUUAAAAUCGCCUUAUUACCAUCAGCAAGCAUUGACAAAUCAAUCGCAGAAAUUAAGUCACUAGUUACCUCUUCAUCACCGGUCAUUUUAGGCAAUAGGCUUACAGCCGUCUUUAAAUUAAACUUUUUACCUGACACUGAUAUUGUGGCAGAUUUAUCAUUUCAAAUUUCAAAAUUUUAUCAUAGCAUUUGUUUAAAUAUGAGCAUAAAAAUUCUUUAGACGGAUCUUUAGGUAAAAUACUCAAAAUAUUUUUGAACGACACAUACAAGUUCUUAGCUUCUGAAAUAUUAUUCUCUAAAUUACUACCUACUCUUGUUGAAGGACCUAACUUAGAAAUAGAAUCCGUGCAAUGUUUUCAUUGCUUAUAAAUAUCUGAUAAUUUUAAUUCUAUACUCAUAAUCUAAUUCAAUAAGUAGGUAUUACCGAUUACGACUUACUUGUUGGUCACUCUUACAACUUGGUUUCUGGGUCCUCAUGCUCUCUGAUUUCCCUGCGACGUCGGUAGCUUACACGCGCGAGAACUCGUUGCAAAGCGUCACUACUCAGCUGUUUCUGAAUCCAGUUGGUGUGGCAUCGCUUGUACAGGCAGAAGAAUCCGACCAACACCGCCAGCAGCAUACAUACGCAUAUUAUGGACAAAAAAAUAUUGUUCGUCUGAAGGAGUUCCGCCGUCGCUUGUGCGUGGUUGCUCCCGGCUGCAGACUGCGCAAUGACCACUUCUUCUUUGCUUUGCGUUGUACGUUCUUGGUUGGUGUUCUACGUCGAUAUCCCAAAAAUCGCGAGAAUCCUGAUGCCAAUUCAAUAUCCAAAAUCAAUCAAUAUCCCGAAGUCUUGAAGAUUGAGAAAUAUUGUAGUAGGUGCAUGUAGCUAUAGAGUAGACAGCUACCUGGCAUGGUCGCCAUGUGGUGUGGUCUGGUCACGAUAGAUUAGAAGAGUUGAAAUAAUACGUCCAUUUAGUUUGAAGGACCGGUUUAUUGUGUAAAAAGGUAUAAUUCGUUACAAGACAGUAGUGCUGAAGAAGCACUUUACAUAAGGCUGUUUCCAUACUUGAAAGGUUACACACUACUCCAGAUGCUAGAUACCGUAAUGUUACAGCUAGUCUUGUUUGAGGUAAAAUUGGCUGUCGAAAAUUUGUUGCUCUUUUAGCUAUUGACGUAUCAAUUAACUCUAAAAGAUGUUCGAAAUCACUUUUUGACGUCCUCAUAAAGUUAAUAAAGGAUCUAUUUGCCAACGUAAGACCACUUAUCUUUUUGCAUUUCGCACCCACCACUUCUUUUUUCUUCUUUUUUUAUAGAAAAAAAACAUUAUAAGGUACGCAGAUCACAACAACACUACUUCCUCGGGCAACAUUUUAAUGUAGACUUGCGUUUGGAUGGAAAGUAUGGCUGUAAACAUUGUUGCUAGCAACUCUGAUGUUGAGAAACUUAGGUAUUUAGAAACAGUUGUUUACAAUGAAUACGGUGAUUUAUUCCAACAUGUUUACCAUCGACGGCACCGAUAAUAUUAGGAAAGUUAGUACGCUCGUGAAACUGAUCAGCAAUUUUAUACCCACCUUCUUCAUUUUUUUCUGCCAUGUACACAGGUUGCAAUGCUUCCCAUAUCGAUUGGCAUGUUGAAUUUACAAUAUUCCAAAGCGUUGUGGCUCCAAUUUGAUAUUCAAAAGAUCAUGUAAUGAAACUUGCACCAGUUGCUAAAUACCUGUAAAUAAAAGAAUGCAAAUUUUUAGUGAUACAACGUUGUUGGAAAAAUUUAAGAGCAUGUUUUUCGAGGGAGCUUCGUUGUCAAAAAGACGUAAAAUUAGGGCAAGCUGCACCUAAACGAAAACAAUACGUGUUCUUCAAUAAGUUACUAUUUUUGGUGCCUUUUAUGGAGCCAAGGGAGAGAAACCUCAAGUAACGUGACAUCGCUUGACGAAGAAGCAUUAGUGAGAGCGAUUCUUCUACAGCAAUAACACGACCAAGACAAGAAAAGAAGAAGAAUAAAAGUUUCGAAGAAUCUUUAAUUAGACAGAAAUAAAACCAACCACCAAGACAUCCAGACACUACCAGACCCAGACAAUUAUUUCGCGUUAUCUUUGGUUCCAUUAUUAAAGUCAAUUACACCAGAUCAGAAAAUCGAUUACGAUUUUGUACAGCCUAAAAUAUUAUACCCAAUCUUCUAGUAACUAUAAUAAUUAUAAUUCUGCAUUCUUCCUCAACCACAACAACCUUAUAUAUUAUCCCAACAAAUAAUAUCCCCAGCCCAACCAGCACCAGCUCGUAUAGUUCCUCAGCCAAUAAUGUCUACACCCAACCACAGUUUCAACCACCACCACCGCCGCCACCCCGUGUACUUUCACAGCAAUGUUUCAAUCCCUCUGCGCCCUCUACAUCUACUUCAAUCUUUUUAUGAUAAUAUAUCUCCCCCGCGGUCGAACGAAACUGUGCAAUCAUAUGUGUCAACUCUGUUUGUGUUACUCUGUAGAUGAUUCUGAUAUUGCAAAUGUUUAUGCCUCUGAAUCAAAGAUUUUUUCGUCACAUACACGGCAAACUUACGAAUCUGCCUUUUUUGGUAAAAUCGGUAUUUAAAAAUAAUGGAAAACCGCGUAUCAUGUACACAAUUAGACGAAUUGCUGGAUUAUUUAGUUGCGCAUCCACAUCUCGUUAAGGGCAUCGGUUUAGGAGCCAGAUCCAAAGAAGCCAUUGCUCGGGAAUGGGAUAAUUUGGCUUCGAAAUUAAAUGCCCACGGAUUGGGUGCUACAAAAACUAGCCAACAAUGGAAGCGGUACCGGGCUGACCUUAAGCACAAGGUCAAAGCCAAAGCUGCAGAACGGAAAAGGAAUGCUUAUGGUACUGGUGGUGGACCGGCGAGCCAGGACGAUAUAAACAAAAUUGAAAAAAAAAAUUUUUGCUAUAAUAAGUGACGCAUAGCACAGGGUACCUGCAAUAACUGUGAGUAAUAAUUGUAAUUAUGUAAUGCUAAACACUAAUAACGUUUUUAUUGUAAUUAAUGCUUAAUCAUAAUAGUUAUUUACGUCAUGUAAUUAUAAUUAUUAACGUGAAAGUUGAACUUUAAAAACCAAGGUUUAUGUCACUUUAUUUUAGACCACUAUUGUUCCUAAGGAACCCCUAUCGUCGGGAUUGGCUGUCACUUCCGAAGAUCAGGGUAUAACCCAGGAAAUAGUAGUUUGGUGUGUGGCGCAUUUACGUUGUAGAUGUUUAUGGGCUCCAGUAACCACCUAACACCAGGUGGGCUGUCAGCU